AUGGCCCGGCGGAGCGCGCUCUCCAUCCGCAUCGUGGAAGGGAAGAACCUGCCCGCCAAGGACAUCACAGGGAGCAGUGACCCCUACUGCAUCGUGAAGAUUGAUGAUGAAGCCAUCAUCAGGACUGCCACAGUGUGGAAGACACUGUGCCCCUUCUGGGGGGAGGAGUACGAGGUGCAGCUCCAGCCCACCUUCCACAGUGUCUCCAUCUAUGUCUUGGAUGAGGAUGCUCUCAGCCGUGACGACGUCAUCGGGAAGGUCUGCAUCACCCGGGAGAUGCUGGCAGAGCACCCCAAGGGCUACAGUGGCUGGGUGAGCCUGAGCGAGGUGGACCCCGAUGAGGAGGUGCAGGGUGAGAUCCACCUGCAGGUGGAGGUCCAGGGCAACCAGGGUGGCCGGCGGCUGCUGUGCUGCACUGUGCUGGAGGCCAGGGACCUGGCCAGGAAGGACCUGAACGGCGCCUCCGACCCCUUCGUCCGCUUGCGCUACAACGGGAGGGUGCAGGAGAGCACUGUCAUCAAGAAGUCCUGCUAUCCCCGUUGGAACGAGACCUUUGAGUUUGAGCUGGCCGAGCCUGCUGGGGAGAAGCUGUGGGUGGAGGUGUGGGACUGGGACCUCGUGGGAAGGAAUGACUUCCUGGGCAAGGUGGUGUUCAGUGUCCCAGGGCUGGAGGCAGCUGGGCAGGAGGAGGGCUGGUUCAGGCUGCAGCCAGAGAAGUCCAAGCCAAGGGAGGAUGAGCACCGGGGCAGCCUGGGUUCCCUCCAGCUGCAGGUGAAGCUGCGGGAUGAGACGGUGCUGCCCUCCCACUGCUACCAGCCCCUGGUCCAGCUCCUGUGCCAGGAGGUGAAGUCGGGGCGCCAGGAUGGCCAAGUGCACCUGGUCACCCUCCUGGAUGAAACCACCACGGCCGAGUGCCGGCAGGAGGUCGCCAUCAACUUGGUCAAACUCUUCCUGGGUCAAGGGUUGGUCAAGGAGUUCCUGGACCUGGUCUUCGAGCUAGAGCUGGCCAAGCCCUGUGAGCCCAACACUUUGUUCCGGAGCAACUCCCUGGCCUCAAAAUCUAUGGAGUCCUUCCUCAAGGUGACAGGGAUGCCAUACCUGCACGCCGUGCUGGGACCCACCAUCGCCCGGGUGUUCGAGGAGAAGAAGUACGUGGAGCUGGACCCCAGCAAGGUGGAGAUCAAAGACGUCGGGUGCUCGGGGCUGCACCGGGUGCAGACGGAGGGGGAGGUGAUCGAGCAGGGCCGCCAGCACCUCCAGUCCUACCUGGGAGAGCUGAUGGACACCAUGGUCAAGUCGGCCCCAGCGAGUCCCCCAAUCCUCCGCGCCGCGUUCCGGCGCCUCUUCCAGCGCGUUGGGGAGCGCUUCCCCCAGCACCAGCACACCAGGUUUGUGUCCGCCCGCGGGGCCCCCCCCGCCGCCGGCCCCCCCAGCCGCACGCUGCUGCUCCUGGCCAAGGCCAUCCAGAUGGUGGGCAACAUGGAGCCGGCGGCCGGGCGGGCCAAGGAGACCUGGUUGUCCCCGUUGGUGCCGGCCCUGCAGCAAGGCAUGGGCCAGAUGAAGGACUUCAUCACUUGCACCAGGGGAGGGCUGGGCUGUGACCGGACCCGUCACAGUGUCACCCUGCAGGGCUGGAGUGACCCCCUGGACCCUGCAGCUGAGGCACAGCGGCUGUUCCAGCACCUCCAGGGCCUCCGAGGGACCUUCAGGGAUAAGUACUGGGAGCUACUGGAACCAGAGGCCGCCCCAAGUGACCCUCAGGGUGAAGGUGCCACCCUGCCUGAGGGGCUGAGCCGGCUCUUCCGG